AAUUGUCACUCCAUUUAAAAUUUUAUCCAACAAUCGUAGAUUUAUAAAAAAAUCCCAAACUAAUUUGUCCAUUCAUUCAUCGAAACCGAAUCUCCAAUAGACAAAUAAAAUAAUAAUUUAUUUUAAAAUUUCCUUUAGUAAAAAACAAACAUUCCUAGUCUUUAGUUGCUUUCAGCACAAAGUCUUGACUUAAAAUGACAGCAGCAAGUUUCUACUCACUGGCAAUUCAAUCGAUUAGAAAAUAAUGAAAAUUAUUCACAGCAAUUACGCCAUCAUCUCUAUCAACAGCUAUUAUAAUUUAAAUGAUUCAUAGGAACAAUUUUCAGUUGAUUGAACUCACAAUGUUUCUCUAUCCGCAAUUAUCUGUCAUCAGUCCUAGCGGCGACGAAUAUUUAAGUAGCAGAAAUAUAAAUGCAAGACAUAGGGUAAAAUUUCUUAGGGUCGUAUUCCUUUAUUUCCUUUAUCAUAUCCACAAUAAAAUUCAACCCUUCCAUUGUUGAAACACUUACAAAAUAUCCGCGAUGGAAAUUCUGCCAGAGUGUUUCUUCAUAUUUACGUGCAUAGGUCUUUGGAAGCCCGCCGGCUGGGCUGGAUACAAAUCGAUAGCCUACAAUGUAUACACAGUCUUGAUGAUAUCUAUACCCAGUUUAUUUGUAAUAUCUGGAUUUUUGGACUUGAUUCUACUCACUACAGAUGUUUCUGAUAUAAGCGACAAUGUAUUUUUGGUACUCACUAUCAUGGCUGGCUGUGCAAAAAUGUUUAAUAUCAUUUUAAAUCGGAAUAUGAUUUUUUAUAUCAUUAAUUGCUUACAAAAUAAACCGCUCAGACCUCAAGAUGAUGAAGAAAUAAUUAUUAAAAAUCGGUAUCAUCAAAUCAGUAGAUUUAUUACAUUUUCUUACUCAACAAUGACUGGAGUUGGAGUAACUUUGUUCGUCCUUGGAAAAUUAAUUGAAAAUGGACCGCAGAGGAUCCUGCCCUACAGAGGAUGGUUACCUUACAAUUACUCACAACCAGUAGUGUACUGGCUAUCAGCUGGACAACAAGCGACAUCAAUGAUUAUUGCCGGGGGUGUGAAUGCGGCCUUCGACACUUUUUUUCCCGGGAUGAUGUUUCUCGUUUGUGCUCAAAUAAAUAUAUUCAAACAUCGAUUCAAAAUUAUGUUGAAUACCCUCGAAAUAAGUGAUUAUAACAAUAACAACAUUGCUGACAAUCACUGCAGGAAAAUAAAUUAUAUAUUUGGAGAAUCCGUCAAACAUCACAAUUAUAUUUUCCAAUUGUUUGAUAAUAUAAAUAAUGUAUUUUCUACUGUGAUAUUCGUCCAGUACUCAGUGGGAUCAGUGAUUUUUUGUACGAGCAUUUAUCACAUGUCAGAUAUUAAAAUAACGACUGUCGAAUUUGUGUCAAAUAUAUUUUACAUCGGCAGUAUGUUAUCGCAAAUAUUUUUGCUUUGUGUUUCUGCAAAUCAAGUGACAUUGGAGUUCGAGGAUCUCAAUACUGCAUUAUAUGACAGCAAAUGGUUUACAGUGAAUAAUAGCGCGCGAAAAUGUUUGAUAAUAAUGAUGAUAAACUCUCAGAAACAUAUUACAUUUACAACUGGAUACAUUGUGACCCUCUCACUUGACUCAUUUACUAGUCUGGUUAAACUCUCAUACACAAUUUACAACGUUCUCCAACAAUCUUAGCUCAUAAAUUAUUGAUAAAUAUUUAUUGUUGACAAAAAAAAUUAGUAUAUAAAAAUUUAUUAUGUAUUAAAAAAUUAUUAAUCC